GUCUGAAUGGUUAGUUGAAAGUCCACUUGUUUAAAAGACGCAUGCUGUCAGCAUGCAAUGGUACCGGAACCGCAAACUCAGGACUAAUUCCAGCGCCUGUGAAGCGGACCAGUGCCCAGUCGAUGGCAGGAGAACCCACACCCCAUCCGAGGCCGACAUGCAUCCCGACACCAUCCUAGAGGAUGUCCUGAUCAAGCGCUCACAGCAGAAGAAGAGGACGUCGCCACUCAACUACAAGGAGAGGGUCUUCGUGCUCACCAAGAGCAAGCUGGCAUAUUACGAGGGCAAGCCGGAGAGGAAGACAAGGAAAGGAUUUAUUGACCUUCAGAAGAUAAAGUGUGUUGAAAUAGUGAGGAAUGGCGGCGCAGCUAUUCCAUGCCAAAAUAAAUACCCCUUCCAGGUUAUAUAUGAUACAAGCACCUUGUAUAUUUUUGCCCCAAGUAACGAGAUGAGGAAUGUUUGGGUGCAGAACCUAAAGGAAGAGAGCUCCACACGACGCCCCCCCCCACCUCCACCCCCCGAAGAAGAGGGGGCGGUGGAGAAUAAGGAGGAGGAGGUGGUCAUCGCCCUGUAUGACUUUGCGGGCAUGGAACCUCAUGACCUGACUCUGGUCAUGGGGGAGGAGUAUGUUAUCUUGGAGAAGUGUGACGUUCACUGGUACAAGGCCCGCAAUAAGCACGGAGAGGAAGGGUACAUCCCCAGUAACUAUGUGACUGAGAAAAAACAGGACAACCUCGAUCAGUAUGUCUGGUGCUGCAGGGAUAUUAACCGCAACAAGUCUGAGCAGCUCCUGAGGAGGGCGGACAAGGAGGGCAGCUUCCUCGUCAGAGACUCCAGUAAUUCAGGAACAUACAAAUAUACUCUGUCCCUCUACACCAAAUCAGCCGGGGAGGGCAGCUCGUCCAUUCGGCAUUACCACAUCAAGGAAGUGGAUUCCACUCCCAGGCAGUACUACCUUGCCGAGAAGUAUCACUUCAGCAGCAUCCCGAAACUCAUCGAGUACCACCAGCACAAUGCAGCCGGGCUGGUGUCUAGGCUUCGGUAUCCGGUGGGAAAAGAAGGGAAAUCUGCCCCCACCACGGCUGGAUUUAGUUACGAGAAGUGGGAGAUUAAUCCAUCGGAGCUGACCUUCAUGAAGGAGCUGGGCAGUGGCCAGUACGGCGUGGUCCGCCUGGGCAAGUGGCGAGCUCAGCACAAAGUGGCCAUCAAGACCAUCCGCCCUGGCGCCAUGCUGGAGGAGGAUUUCAUAGAGGAAGCCAGAGUCAUGAUGAAGCUGUCGCACCUCAACCUGGUGCAGCUGUAUGGCGUCUGCACACAGCAGAAGCCCAUGUACAUCGUCACAGAGUUCAUGGAGCUGGGAUGUCUCCUGAACUACAUCCGGCAGCGUCGUGGCUCCUUCAGCACCGAGAUGUUGCUCAGCAUCUGCCAGGACGUCAAUGAGGGCAUGGUCUACCUCGAGCAGAACAGCUUCAUCCACAGGGACCUGGCUGCGAGGAACUGCUUGGUGAACGACGCUCUGGAGGUGAAGGUGUCUGACUUCGGGAUGGCGAGGUACGUCCUGGAUGACCAGUACACAAGUUCCUCAGGGGUGAAGUUUCCUGUGAAAUGGUCCCCCCCUGAGGUCUUCAAUUUCUGCAGAUACAGCAGCAAGUCGGAUGUGUGGUCAUUCGGAGUUUUAAUGUGGGAGGUGUUCACAGAGGGAAAGAUGCCCUUUGAGCAGAACCAGAACCAUGAAGUGGUGAUGAUGGUCAUGCAAGGCCAUCGACUGUACAAGCCCAAAAAGGCCACAACCUGUAUCUACAACAUCAUGCAGCUCUGCUGGAAAGAGAAAGUGGAAGAGAGACCAUCAUUCUCACACAUCUUGGCGAUGAUUAAGGAUGCCCUGGAGGGGGAUGCGGCGACCUCGUGAGCUGGAGUCACUCCGCAGUUUUUAACGGUGAUUACAGCUCACGCAUCAUGUGGAGAUUCCCAUUGGCCGGGGCCCAGAGUGGGAUCUUCAUGACUGGCUGGCUGAAGAGAGAACUAUUUCUCCUGCAGCUGGACAUCACGUCAUUUCACUGUAAAACCUGCCACUGGAGCUCGGACAUAGUUGCAGCAAGGCUGUAACAGGUGCACUCUGAGCCCUGAACACAGCACUGUCCCAGAGCCUGGUGGGCAUCCAGCUCUCAUUCCCACGAUUCCUUCUGGCUGUCAGAUGUAAAGGAAAGUCCAGUGUCUCUCUUGUUUCUUAUCAAUCUGUUUAUUUAUGAGAAAUAAAUAAAUUCAUGGAAUGUUUCUCUCUGUGUACAAUUAAUGUAAAAAUGUUAUUAAAGACUCAGUUCAUUCA